UCCCGCUUCUUCACUCUCUUCGUCGUUGCGAAACUGCACGCUCCUCACACGCCGUGGAAAGGAAAUGGGAGCCAACCAUAGCCGCCAAGAUCCAGAUCUUUCUGAUGCGGAAUCGGAUUCCGACUCCCAGGGAACCGUUCAAUCAGAGGACGUCUACGGCACCCCGACGUCGGAGGCCUCAGACCGCAGAGUCAACGACCCCAAAACGCCGUCUUCGAUUGAAGAAGUCGAGUCCAGGCUCAAAGCGCUCAAGCUCAAGUACGGCAAUAACGUCAGUAGCGCGAAUCCGAACAAGUCGGUGAAGCUGUACCUCCAUGUCGGGGGUCACACUGAGAAAUCAAAAUGGGUGGUCUCUGAGAAGCUCGCGUCUUAUGCCUUUGUUAAGUCGGGUUCCGACGAAGAUUCCGAGAACGAGGAAGGGGCUGACCUGGAUCCGGUGUGGGCUUUAACAAUUGGGUCGAAAGUGAGGGCGAAGAUUGACGAGAAUUUGCAACUGAAAGCGUUUAAGGAACAAAAGCGUGUGGAUUUUGUGGCUAAUGGGGUUUGGGCGAUCAAGUUCUUCUCCGCAGAGGAGUUUGACAAUUUUACUAAGAAAUAUCAAGAUUGUUUGUUUGAGAAUACUUAUGGGUAUGAAGCCAAUGAUGCCAAUAAGCUGAAGGUAUAUGGCAAGGAUUUUCUCGGAUGGGCGAAUCCAGAGGCAGCCGAUGAUUCAAUGUGGGAGGACGCAGAAGAAAGCUUGAUGACGACUCCUCCAUCCAAAACUCCCCUAAAACAGGGCCAUGAUUUAACUGAGGAGUCUGAGGAGGCUUCGGCAAUUGGUGGUGCUAUUCAAAGCCUGGCAAUGGGUGCCUUGGACAACAGCUUCUUAGUCAGUGAUUCAGGGAUCCAGGUUGUAAGGAAUUACAGUCAUGGUAUUCAAGGAAAGGGUCUUUAUGUUAACUUCGACCAAGGAAAGAUGAGUGCUGCAAGAGGUGCCAAGGCAGCCGACUAUUCAACACCUAGGAAGGCAGUGCUCAUGAAAGCUGAGACUAAUAUGCUUCUGAUGAGCCCUAUGAAUGAUGGAAAACCUCAUUCCAGGGGUUUGCAUCAGCUUGAUAUUGAGACGGGGAAAGUUGUGAGUGAGUGGAAGUUUGAGAAGGAUGGCACAGAUAUUUCUAUGAGAGAUAUCACAAAUGAUAAUAAAGGAGCACAAAUUGAUCCCACGGGUUCUACUUUCUUGGGGUUGGAUGAUAAUAGGCUAUGUCGGUGGGAUAUGCGAGAUCGCAGGGGAAUGGUACAGGAUAUUGUGAAUGAGAGAACCCCGGUGUUGAACUGGACUCAGGGGCAUCAGUUUGCGAGGGGGACGAAUUUUCAGUGCUUUGCAACAACUGGUGAUGGUUCAAUUGUGGUUGGAUCGCUUGAUGGAAAAAUCAGGUUAUACUCUACAAGUUCUAUGAGGCAGGCAAAGACUGCAUUUCCUGGACUUGGUUCUCCAAUCACUCAUGUUGAUGCCACCUUCGAUGGGAAAUGGAUUUUGGGGACUACUGAUACUUAUCUGGUCCUCAUAUGCACUCUGUUCACAGAUAAAGAUGGCAGGACUAAGACUGGCUUUUCUGGUCGUAUGGGGCACAGGAUCUCAGCUCCAAGAUUGUUGAAGCUGACUCCCCAGGAUUCUUAUAUGGCCGGAGCAAGCAAGUUCCGGAAUGCUCAGUUCUCAUGGGUGACAGAGAAUGGGAAGCAGGAACGGCACCUGGUUGCAACAGUGGGCAAGUUUAGCGUAAUAUGGAAUUUCCAACAGGUGAAGGAUGGAUCUCAUGAAUGCUACCACAACCAAGUGGGCUUGAAGAGCUGCUACUGCUACAAGAUUGUUCUAAAAGACGAUUCAAUCGUUGACAGUCGCUUCAUGCAUGAAAAGUUUGCAGUGUCUGACUCACCCGAAGCACCACUUGUAGUGGCAACCCCCAUGAAAGUCAGCUCCUUCAGCAUCUCUAGCAGGCGGUUGCUAAUGUGAACAAAGCCAUUACUUUCCCUGCUACCUCAGGUUUGUUGGCUAUAAUUUCUGGACAUAUUUGAAGAAAUAUAUAUAAUCUUGGAGGUCAAUUUAGAUGGUUGACUUGUAUGACUAUAUUAUGCUAGCAGUCCUAAUGACAUCAGCAAUCUUUGAUGUUGUAAUGUUUCGAUGGAACCUGAAAUUGUUAAAAUCUUUGGAUAUUUGUAAUUCAUGUUUUCUAUCUUAAUAUAUUUUCAAUCUCAUAC